CCAACAUUCUCGAAAGCCGAUCCCCACUGAUACAUAUUGGAACCCUAGAAUCCAAGGAAACACUGCUCUUCGCUUCCCACCAUCCCCAACCGAACCUCUGGUUUUCACAGUCAGAGAAGGAUAAAAGCAUGUUUCCUCAGUACCCCACUUCACUUCUAAAAGACUAGAAAGCACAAAAUUCACAUCAAUGUGGGUCUCUCCCAGAAACACUCUUCAUCAUAUAAUGUUACUGACAGUGGCAAAGCGAUUAAUUGAUUGUUAUAAAGCUACACCUCUCCCACCACUCUCAAUCAUUUCUAAACCGUUCCCUCUAUUCUACAAACACGCAUAGCAUACUCCCUUCUCCCAUAAUAAUUCUUUUGCUUUCAAUGCCUUUCCAUAUCCUGUGGCAUUAACUUCCAAAAUCAGCUUUCCAGCCACAUAUUAGCAAUCCCUCAAUAUUUCUCAACCAUGUCCAUCACCGGACUCUCAUCAGACACCGGUAAACCUUACAAGAAGUCCUUGCAUCGGAGAAAUGAUUCUGACGAGCUUGGUGUUUUUGAGGCAGCAAGGUACUUCUCGGGAUACAAUGAAGCAGGUGCAGGCUAUAAUGGCGCAGUUUACACACAGAAAGUCAUGAGAGAAGAUCAUAAACAUUCUUGGAGGGGAGGAAGAGUGAGCCUAGAUGUUCCAAUGAGGAAUCCACUACCUCAUCAUCUCCAUCAACAUUCUCAUACAGUGGAGAAGCAAAUACUGAAAGAGAAGAAAUACAAACAACCAAGCUCUCCAGGUGGGAGACUAGCCAGCUUCUUGAAUUCUCUCUUCAAUCAAACAAGCUCCAAAAAGAAGAAAUCAAAGUCCACCACGCAAUCAAUGAAAGAUGAUGAUGAGAGCCCCGGCGGUAGGAGGAAAAGGAGGAGCAGCGUUAGUCAUUUUCGAAGCUCAGGCACUAGUGCUGAUACAAAGUCUUUGUAUUCUUCUUCAAGUUCUGGUUUUAUGACACCCCCUCCUUAUACACACACUCCUACAAAGGGCUACAAGGAGUUCAGAAGCUAUUCAGAUCACAGGCAAAUAGUUUCCCUGCCAAAGCAGAAUGGGAUUGUGAAGUCCAUAGCCUUACGAAAUGAGAUAUUGGAUGAUAAAAAGAACACAGAUUUAUCUUGGCUGGAAGAGAAAUAUAAAUUCAAUGAUGGGUUCUCAGGUCAGAAAGUACCCAGGAAUCAUGGUAAUCAACAUUUAGAGAAAGACAGGACUUGGGUUGACCAGUAUCCAUCAGAGGCAAAGGAGUGUAGGAAGUUCGAUGAGGUGGAUGAUGGAACUGAGAGUGAUUCAAGCUCUGAUUUGUUUGAAUUGCAAAACUAUGACUUGGCCGGUACCUACUCAAAUGGUCUGCCUGUGUAUGAAACAACACAUAUGGAUAGCAUCAAAAGAGGAGCAGUACCAAUUUCCAAUGGAACCCUAUGAGAGACUAUUGUACAUUUUCCUAUUGUACAUUUUCUUUUGUUGAUCGGUUAUUAAUUGAUGAUAUUACUAUCAUAAGCUGUGAGAAGAAUAUUGUCAAACUGUCCUAUCUUAGAUUUUACCUUUUCUUUUCUUUUUGCUUCCUGCAUGUUUCUAUCUUCUCUCAAUUCUUUUCCUUUUA